GCUGAGCGGAGGCCGCUGCUCAAGGGCGGGCUCCGAGCCGGGGACCGGGAUGAGGGAGUCGCUCUCCCGCCUCCCCGGGGCUUCAAGGAGGAGGUUUCAGACACGGAGAACCGAGAGCGACGCCGGCCCCCGCCUGCCCUGGGCAGCCUCGGCAUCCCGGGACGUUGCCGAGCAAGGGAAAGCGGGGGAAGAUGGGCAGAACCGGCGCUAUUUCCUCGCUUCUUCCUCCGCUGCGGGGCUACGGUGCGGGUGCGGCGGCACCAAGCGCUGCCCGGUUACCACUGCUCGCACCCCCGGCUUUGCGUGUGGGACUCCUGCCGGGAACCGCGGCGGAAAGCGGCAGGUACCGGGGGGUCGGGGCUGCCUGCGCCGGCAGUCACUGGUGAGCGGGUUCUCGCCCUCUUCCCGGGGCGGGACCAUCCAUGGGUUCCCGGUGACUUCCGCGGGGGCUGAGGGUCUCCCGGGGCGGCCGGUGACCCCUCCCGUUGCCGGGCUCCCUCCUCCCGGAGCGGGCACCGGCUGUUGCUUUUCCCCGGCUCUUCCCCGCAGCGGCUCCGGCAGGACAGAGCUUUCCGUCCGUCCGGCUCUGGCGAGAGCUCGGACUGCUCAAAAGAGGCUGCGGUGGGAGCAGAGGCCCAGAUCCGCUCACCGGCUUCUGGAGCCCCGUUGGUGGCUCUGUGAAGCCCGGCCAGGCACGGGGAGAGAGGGCCGCCCCGGUGCUGCCGAUCCCUCGGGAGCUGUCGUUGAUCCGGGUGGUGCUGUGUGAGGAAAGCUCAUCCUCACCGAGGAGCAGGGCCCGAGGGGUGAGUGAGGACACCUCGGUGGGAUGAGUGCCCCAACCCUGUACGGUGGGAUCGAGGAGAUGGCUCCGGGGGAAUCCCCGGGUGCCGCAGGAGGCACCGGGGUACCCGUUCAGGGUGUCUGGAGAGGUGGGAGGGGGUGCUGUCGGGGUCCAAUCCAGACCCCGGCACUGGCAGGUGCCGGUCCCCGUCCGAGGCUGCCGCGGUCGGUCUGUGCCGCUGUUAACGCUCAGGGCCGGAGGGUUUUCAGACAGACCCUGGCACUCACCCGCCCUUCCGGGAAGAACCGGUACAUUCCUGGGGUCCCAGCCCCGCUUCUCCCUCCCCGGCUGUCUCAGGGGUGUGCUG